AUGGAAAACAGUUCGAAGCCCAACGAUUUCCGCCAAAACACGGAAGAGGAUUGGAGAGUGUCUUGUAGUGACGAAGAAAAGUAUGGGACUCCUGCCGAUUCCACUGGGAGAUGUUCGUGGGAGCCCAAGCCCGAGGAAAUAAUUCAGCUUUAUACUGUGUUAGCUAAAAAAGGGAUCUUAGACCUCGAAUGGCACUGUCCUGGAAGAAGAUCCCCGAGUGUCCACUCCAACGAGUCUGAAAAUGCGGAAAAGCGAACCAUGGAAGAGGACGAAAAGAAAACUGUGGAACCUAAUGAAUUUGACUUUGAUGAUGACGUCAUGGAACCUAAGUGUAGCCCGAAGAUUACACCGGGUGCUCUCCGGAGAAGGACUGCACCUCCUAGUAGUGCACAAAGGCGCGUAGCUAAGUUCGACAAGGUGAUGUUUGACCUGCGCAGACACCGAGAACUGGAUGCCAUCGUCAAAACUGACAAGGGCAACUAA